GCCAGGGUUGCCUCCCGCCCAGGUGAUCCCUCUUUCGUGGCUUCUGCAUGCAUUGACUGCUCGCACCUGGCAAUCCGACCUCACCUCCUCAGUUCUCCACCAAAUCGGCACUCCGAUAAUCAACCCCGUCUGGUCCCUCAACUUCGCAUGUCGAGCUGCAGCGGGUCAACAUCAACAAUCUUCGCUUCUGCCCUACCUGCUGCUCGCACGCUCCCGCUGUAGGCUGCGGCCUUGUCGAUCCAUGUCCGGCGACCGUCCUCUUCUUCCGCCGCCGCUGGAACCCGGAACGUUUCGAGCCGCCGACGGUACCAUCCGCUCCUUUCACAGUUCACGCUUAGCAUCCAAUGACCGAACCGGUGACACUCCGUCCGAGAGGCUGUCCACCGUAAUCCAGCAAUUCCACCACGACUUUGACCGCCUCAGCCAGCAUCUAUUCGCUACGUCUACUCGCACGAGCCUGAGCGCCGGUAGGAUGGCUUCGGGCUCCGACCGAGACUUGCGGCCAAGAUUUAACCGGGAUCCGCAACCGUCAAACAACCCACUUUCGUCCUCUGCUGCUUCUCCAGAUUCUCCAUCCCUUCCCCCUCUACGCUCCCUCGAUCAAAGAGCUCGGGGGCCCCACGCUGCCUUCUCCGGAUCAGGGUCCCGCUCUAGCCGCUAUCGCCCGGCUGGCCGGUACCUCGACAGGUUUCGCUCACAUCUCGGGGCCACUCUCGACGACCUGAACCGGAACAUCCACGAUACUGACGCACAGCUACGGACGUUGAUGGAUUUCGGCAUGGCCACCAACAUACCGCCUGCACCACCUACCGUUUCGCCUCCCUUGCAAGGCCAUGACACGGCCGAGGACACCCGACGCACCAAGCGACGCAAGCUCAACCCCGAUAGGCACACCUCGGCCUUCAAGGGCUUUCGCUAUGGCAGAUAUGGCCAGGUUGAGCCCGGCCAGCUGACCAUGGAAAUUGUGAGCUGCGAUGGGGGUCUGUACUCCGACGAGCACUCGUACGCUCCAGAAAACAUUCUCAAGAACGAUGCGUCCGUCUACUGCACCAAGAGCAACCGCUGUAAUAUUGUCCUCAAGCACCAGGGUGGGACCGUGUUUAGCCUGCAAGAGCUAGUCAUCAGGGCCCCCGGAUCCAAAUUUUCAUGCCCUGUCCGCGAAGGCAUGAUAUUUGUAUCGAUGGAUUUGGACGACCUGCUCACCCGCACCGCACAGUACCAGAUUCAGUACCAACCUUCCCGUAUCCACCGGCGCGGCACGGUAUACUUCCGCCCCGAGGAGGGAGGCCGAUUCGAAUCACGGCCUCUGCGGGCAUAUAGUUACGGUGCAGAUGAUGAUGACGACGAUGACGACGACGACGAUGACGAAGAGAACAGCAGGACAGCACAGAUACCGCCAGAGUUCACGACUUCCUCGCUUCCCUACAACGUCACGACCGUUUGCAGCGAGGAUGAGAGCGAAGACGAAGAUCCAUCUUCCCAUUCUCGACCUCCUCGUCAACCCCCACGACGAGGGAACCGUUAUAGCGUUGGCUCGCUACCAUUUGACAGUGACAGUGACGAUACGGAUUUCUCGCGUGCCUUCGGCGGUCCGUACGGCCACUGGCCUCCCACCCCCGAGGAGGCCGCCGCGCGUAGACGGUACCGCACCUCCCGCCUCCGAGGCGGCGGUGCUGCAGUCCCUCCCACCGCUACCGGUGACCGAGCCGGUGCUGGAAGCAGCAGCAGCGGGCCGAGCCGCAGCGACAUGACGCUCGAAGAGGCCCAGGAGGCGUCGCAGAUUGCGACUCAAGAGGCAGUGCGGGCGGUGGGCGGCGAGCUGAUGACCCCGCUGGCACACUUCUUCAUCGAGAAGGACAAGAACAAGUGCACGGUGCGGUUCGACCCGCCGGUGAGCGGCCGGUUCAUCCUGCUUAAGAUGUGGAGCCCGCAUCAGGACCCGCAGAAGAAUAUUGAUAUCCAGGCCGUCGUGGCAAAAGGGUUUGCGGGGCCCCGGUAUUGUCCUGCUAUUGACCUGGCUUGAGUCGACGUGCCUGCGCAUGGAUUUUCCUCCUUGGAGCUUUGAGUG